AUGCUUAUCAAGCUUGCCGUGACAAUUGGCCUUUUCUUGGCCGGAGCUCAAGCCCAACAAGCUUCCAAUUGCGAAUACCAGUCACUUAAGUGCGGCUCGGUAUUGCUUGCUGCGCCAUAUACUUAUACUGAGGCCCAGCUCAUCGCUGCUAUCAACGACACUUUAUCCAUCCCUGCUGUGAGCACCGCUCAGGUGUCCACAACCCUAUUCCACUGCACCGACAUUCUUGGCAGCAUCACCGGAAAUGCUUUCUGCUUCGCCGGCUGCGACAUCAAGCUUGGAACUCGAAACGACCAGUGUAUCAUGUAG